UGCCCAGUGGUAGGUUGCCGCCUGUUGCCCGAGCCCCUGCCCAGGGGUAGAUUUCCGCCUGUUGCCCGAGGCCCCUGCCCAGUGGUAGGUUGCCGCCUGUUGCCCGAGACCCCUGCCCAGGGGUAGAUUGCCGCCUGUUGCCCGAGACCCCUGCCCAGUGGUAGGUCGCCGCCUGUUGCCCGAGGCCCCUGCCCAGUGGUAGAUUGCCGCCUGUUGCUCGAGGUCCCUGCCUAGUGCUCGGCUGAGGCCCCAAGCCUAGGGGGGAGAUUGCCUGCCUGUCGCUGAAGACCCCCCCGUG